CCAAAAGCAUCAUUCAGCAAAAACCCCCCCCGACUAUCACAAUGGGAGUCCUCUACUUUCUCGACGACCUUGGCAACGCCCUGCUCUGCCGCCCCAUGUCAAAAGCCCAUAAAUUCCGCUUCCUCAACUUCUUUGACGACAUGGGCAUCUUCUUCGUGUGCAAACCGAUGGGAUACAUCGAUUCCGAGUGGCCCGUCGAAGGCGUGGUCUUGAUGAUGCGGGAUCUGCUGGGGAAGUGAUACGGCAAAGGCGAUUUGGAUUUCCGCUUUCGAUUCAGGAUGUAGGGGUUAUGGACUUUCCGGGCUUCUGGUUAGCUCCCAGGAUGAGCCUCAUAAAUCGACAGUGGCUCAUCCAUGACCGUGCUAUCGAAUUGGACGGGGAAAACUAUUGUGUACGAAGAGCCCGGCAGAGGCCAGAAGCUGCGAGGAGACAUUCAGGCAAUCAUGGAAACUGUCGUGUGCGAUCAGUUCUGGCUGAGUGGUUAGGGGGGGGGAGGGGCAGUGGCUCGCUCGAUGAAUAGACUGGAAGACUGAUAUUGAAUGUUUGCGAAUUCUGUAUUGUAUUAUGUGUAAUGGAAUUGGCU